AUGGACACUUCCUCUACGGUAUUCAAACCGCACCAGUUGAAUCACUGUUUUUCUCUUCCAAUCACAGAUUACCACAGCCUCCAUCUACUGUGUUCUUUGAGAGUAUAUCAUAUUCUCAUAUACUCUCAUUUCCGACCAUUCUCAAAGCUUCAUAAUUUUUUCUCCGAUCAUCUCACAACCACCACCACCACCCUUGACGCCGCCUUUUCACCACCUCCGUCUUUCAGAGCCAUGAGCGCCGGCGGUGGAGAAGGAGACGAACCUGACGACAAACCUCCGACUUUGACUGCUUCCUUUGAUGGAUUGAGGCGAUGA